UGCAAUGAAAACGGAAAGAAAAAACGUCAAGUUAGUUUAUCAUUUGGAAACACCUUAAGUCAAUUAGGAGGCUCUCAAACAGCUUCACUUCAAUUUGGAGCAUUUAAUCAACAGCCGAUCAAUAAAAGACCUCCUGUGUACAGUGACUUGACAGCAAAUAAUAACAAUAAAAAUCCUGCGGCACAACAAAUACCUUUCGAACGCGAAGAAGUUUCACAUAUUGACUUCAACAAUAAUAACUUCAACCAAAGGCCAGUAAACCAGAAACCACCGGAUAAUCAAUAUAGCUCUGUAGGAAACGUUGAACAAUCUUCAUCUCAAGAAAUAUUUAACAACCGUAAUAAAAUGAAUUUAACUUAUAGUCAAAAUAAAAAUGAAAAUUCUCAACUGCAAUUAUCUUCAUCAUCAUCAUCAUCAUCAUCUUCAUCAUUAUCGAAUUCAUACAAUAAAAAUAAGAAUGACCAAUUUGUACAACGACCGGUGUCCUAUCAACCCGCCUUCCAGGAGCAGAAUCGAAAAGAAACACCAUCGCAGCCGUCAGGGAAUAACGGCGAAGUGGGAAACUGGGCAUCAAAUCGACCCCAGUCGCAAAAUAAUUUUAAUGAAAAUGGUAAUAGUGACAGUGGGCAGAAGUUCGAAACAUCAACGCCUAGUACAAUUGAAUUUCACUCAAAUAUUAACAUAAUUUUGCCAACAUUUUCUUUGACUAAUAGAAAUACCGAUCAUGAAAACAACCAACAUCCUAACACAAAUUUGAAUAAUCAAAAUAAUCGUCCUAGUAACAAUAAUAAUAAUAAUAACAAGAUUCCAAAUAAAAAUUAUAGUCAAGGAAGUAGCGGUAAUGGUAACUAUAAACCACCAUUAUCAAGUCAAAGUAAUAACAGUAAUAAUAAUUCGGGGAAUAAAAAACCCCAAGAAAAUACAAAUGGUUAUGGAAAUUUUCAAAGUAGUGGUAGUAAACCUUCACAAUCGAAUAAAAAUAAUGAAAAACAAUCAAGUAUUAGUUCAAGUAAUUUUCAUAACAGCGGAAGUGGAAGACCUCAAAAUGAUCGGAACAAUGCAAUGCCAAAUGUGGAAUAUCCUGAUGUAAAUAUAUUAUCCACUACCCGGAUGUAUGAAAGAGAAGGCGAAGAAGAAGAAGAAGAAGAAGAAGAAGAGGAACUAAAGUUUUCAACUAAAAACAAUCGAACAGCUGUUAAUCCAUCUCGAAGUGGUUGUAGACUACCCAAACAGCCACAAGGUGGUAAUUAUGAACUUGGAGGUUGCGAGUCCUCCUGCGACAAAGUUCGAGGUGACUGGGUACCCAGAAACAGUAUUCUCACGUACACAUGCGAAGAGGGCUACGUCAGAAAUGGUAGUGCAGUGUCCGUUUGCCUCAACGACUCAUGGUACAUGCCCCUCUCGUGCUUGAAAUCCUGCCCUGCUCUCAAGAGUUCGAGUGUAGAUAUAACGUGUAAAAUUCGGGGUAUUACAGUGUCUUGCGAUCAGCCAGCCGAGCCUGGUACUACAGCGAUGCUCAAGUGCAAACCAUCUUAUAAGAUUCCAUUGACCGAUGAUCCUGUAUAUAGGGAGAUUACUUGUCUUGAAAAUGGCAGCUGGGAUCGCUCUGUAUUUAGAUGCUUACCAAAAUGUGGGACGACUAUUUCUCAUGGUAGUACACUCAUCGUAAGUGGAUUUACAGCUAAAUUGGGAGUAUUUCCUUGGCAUACUGGAAUUUAUGAAAAAAAGUCGACGAAAACUUAUGAACAAAUUUGCGCGGGCACACUUAUAAGCAGCAGUCUCAUCGUUUCCGCGGCGCAUUGUUUCUAUGACGAAAGCUUAAAUGAAGUGAAAAAUUUCUCAAGAUUCUCUGUAGCUGCAGGGAAGCACUACAGAAAUUGGAAUGUUCAGGAGGACUACGCUCAAACGUCCAAGGUUGAGUGGAUCCGUCUCGGGAGUCGGUACAUGGGAGCAAGAGGUAAUUUUGCUCAUGAUAUUGCUCUACUCAAGCUACUAAGUCCACUCGAAUUGACUAGUCUUGUACGUCCGGUUUGUAUUGACUGGGAUAACGUUAAAGAAAAAGAACAUUUACAGCCUGGAAAAUAUGGAAAAGCUGUUGGAUGGGGAAAAACGGCAAAUGGUGCGCCAAGUGAAGAGCUUCAAGAAAUAAAUAUACCUUUUAUAUCAUUCGAUCAAUGUUUGUCGGAAGUUCCAACCGACUUUCAAGGAUAUAUUACACCAGAUAAAUUUUGCGCUGGUUAUAUGAACGGAUCCAGUCUUUGUGAAGGUGAUAGCGGUGGAGGUUUAUGUUUUGAAAGUGAUGGACUUUGGUAUCUACGGGGAAUCGUGAGUGUCAGUCCUGUCAGGGAUUACUCUUGCGAUUACAAUUCCUACACAGGUUUUACAUCAUUGAGUCACUUUAACGAUUGGAUUCGUGCGGCUUUUCUCCAGUCGUAA